AUGGAACCUGCGCAGGUCCAGUUGGCUCAUCCAUUACCGUCUCUAAGUUUCAAUUUCGGCACCUCCGACCCAUCGAUACACAGCGAGCGCGUCUCCCUGGAGUAUAUGCACCAGUGGAAUUCAUUUGUUCAAGAUGCCUUUGGCCGUUUUCAACGAGCAAAUAUCACGCACCAGGUUGAUAUCCAUGACGAAAAUGAGCUGUACAUAGUCAUGAAUGAAUUAGGCCUUUCUGGCAGGUUUGUGCGAAACCUAUGUGACCCUGUGAUGAGGGCACUUGAGCCAUUGUCAAGCAUGUCUUCCAUGAGAUUUGCCGACAUCCAAGCUAUCACCCAUAUGACCAACAUCAUUCCAAAUGUUUCCUUGGGCCCCGUUAACACUGAGCGCACACCCGAUAAUGUUUAUCUGCUCCGAGGUCCUCCUCCGCCGUGUGUCUCAAAUCGUCUCCGUGGGAAUGAACCUCGGCCGCCUCAGCCGCCUCAACCGCCGCAGCUACCCUUAGCCUCAAUUGGGCAAACAAUCACUCUGACUAGCGUCAUAUUAGACUACGGCCAAGGUACCCCUAUGGUUAUCAAUUGUGUCCAACAGCUAUCAGAUCCCAACGUCCAUGACAAGGCAGUUUGGCUGGCCGAUCUGAAUGGCACGCCUGUUAUCAUCAAGUGUUGGAAGGUUGAUCUGGAAGAACUAUUUGAUUCCGAAGCAGUAAUUUACGAGAGAAUUUGGACACAACGACCGUCCGGAGCCCAUGUUUUUGCCAACUGGAUAUCGCGAGGCAGAGUCAUAUGUUCAAGUGUCUUUCCAUCUGGAUACGCACUCGUUCUUGAGUAUAGGGACGGGGCACGUCUCUCUCAUAUCUGGCAUACACUCAAUGAACUCGAACGUGCACACAUCAAGACCCAGUCACUAAACGGAAUUAACGCCCUUCGCCAAAUCGCAGUACGACUCAGUGACGCAGGAAUGCAUAACAUGCUUUACAACAGACAGAGUCGGAUAGUUACUCUGCUGGAUAUUGAGGUUGCGGUGGAAAUUCAGCCUAACGCUCAUAUUCCCACUUCUCACGAAAUGGGGGCAAUCUUCGGUUCAAACGCUAUGUUAGGGCAUGAGUAUGCAAUUCCCACGGAUGAAGAUGAAGACUCAAUGGCCGUCCAAAAGCUCUAUCCUAUUUCUAUAUUUUAA